ACAACUCCAACGUCUUCUGCUUCAACUACUACUUCAAAGACAACUCCAACGUCUUCUGCUUCAACUACUACUUCAAAGACUUCAAAGACAUCUCCAUCGUCCUCUGCCUCAACUACUUCUUCUCAAUCUCCUACUUCUUCCUCUACUUCUACUACUUUAAAAUCUUCUCCAACGUCGUCUUCUUCCUCAGAUACUAUUAAAACCUCACCAUCAUCUUUCUCUACUUCAACUUCUUCACAAUCUCCCACUUCUUCAUCUGCAUCAACUUUGAAAUCAUCACCACCUUCUUCUUCCGCUUCAACUUCGCAAUCUCCAUCCUCAUCCUCAUCCUCAAGAACACCUUCCUCAACUUCAACUUCAACUUCAAGAACUCCUUCGACUACUUCUUCCUCAACUUCAAGAAGCCCUUCAACUUUAAGAACUCCCUCAACUACUACUUCUCCCUCCACUUCAAAAUCUCCAUCAUUAUCUUCACCCUCCUCCUCCUCCUCCUCAUUUUCCCCGUCUUCAUCACAAUCUACAUCACCACCUUCAUCAUCCUCCUCAACUACUACUCCAAUAAAAUCUUCUUUAUCUUCUUCACAACAAUCUACAACAACAUCAUCUUCAACAAAAUCUCCUCUAUCUUCUUCACAACAAUCUUCAACAACCGCAACAUCCACAACACCAUCAUCAUCUUCUGCAUCUUCCCCCCUAUCUUCAACAACAACGACAACAUCCAGACAAAAAAGUAGUUCAUUCAGAGAUGAAAGAAAAAUAGUUAUUGGAGUUCAAUCGGAUAUGACGAAAAGAUAUAUGAUGAAUCGAGAUAAUGAAGAAUAUUAUGAUGAAUUUGGUGAUACUAGAUAUGAUAGAAGUGAAGAAAUUGAUUUAUUAGCAACGAAAGAAGGUGAAAAGAGUAGUAAUAGUAGUGAUAGAACCAAGACGAGAGAGGAAAAGUAUGGAAGCGAUAAGUACGGAAUGAGUGACAGGUACGGAACAGGUGAUAAGUACGAAAAGGAUGUAAUUGGUGAUAAGUUCGCAACGAGUGAUAAGUUUGAAAGGCGUGGAAUGAGUGCAACGAGUGAUAGAUACGAAAAGUAUGGAACGAGUGACCGAUACGAAAAAGCUGAUAAGUAUGGAAUGAAUGACCGAUACGAAAAAGCUGAUAGAUACGAAAAAUCUGGAAUGAGCGAUAGGUACGAAAAGGAUAGAAUAAGCGGUAGUAAGUACGAAAAGAGUGGAAUGAACGAUAAGUACGCGAUAAGUGAUGAGUACGAAAAAGGUGGAAUGAUUGACAAACACGCGAUGAGCGAUAGAUACGAAAAGGCUGAUAAGUUCUACGAAAUGAGUAAAGAUAAAUAUCCAAUUAGUGAUAAGUACGAUAGAUCUACCCCGAAAAAGAUUGAUAGAUAUGAAAAAGAUGAAAUAAUGAGUGAUAGAUAUGAAAGGAAAAAGAGCGAUAGAUAUGAAACGAGUGACAGUAGAUACGAUACUAGGGGCGGAUAUGAUGGAUUCGAUAGUAGACAUGAUAUUAGUAGAUCUGAUGGAGGAUAUGAAAAGAACCCUAGAAGUGUACGUGGAGGAGGAGUAAGAACUUUCGCUAGAAAUGAUAGAAGUGACAGAUAUGAAAUGAAUGAUAGAAACAGUAGUAGUAGCAGAUAUGAUAUGAAUGAUAGAAGUUUUGGUGGUGGAAGAUAUGACGAUAGAAGCGCUAGUGGUAGAUAUGAUACAUAUGAUAGAAGAGAAAGUAGAUAUGACGAUAGAGGUGGAAGUGGAAGAUAUGAUGAUAGAGUUAGUAGAAGUGACAGAUAUGAAAAUAGAGGUGGCGGUGGAAGAUAUGAUGAAAGAAGUAGCCGAACUGACAGAUACGAUACGACGCAUGAUAGAAGUAAUCGAGGUGACAGACGUGAUAUAUAUGAUAGAAGUGAUCCUAGAAGUGGUACUAAUAGAUAUGAUAUGCAUGACAGAAUAAGAGAUGACAGAAGAGACGAUAGAAGAGACGAUAGAAGAGACGAUAGAAGAGACGAUAGAAGAGAUGAAAGAAGAGAUGGUAUAAGAGAUGGUAGAUAUGAAACAAGCGACAGAUAUGAAAGACAAGAAAUGUCAAAUGAUGAUUACUACGACAGACCUAGCACUUCAUCGCCACGUGAAGCUCCAUAUGAUAAUUAUUCUUCUAUUAUAAAUAAUAAGAAAUCUUUAUCAUCUUAUGACGAUUCUGAAUAUGAUGAUGAUGACGUUAAAAAGGAAAGUAAAGCUAGUGAAUCUUCAUCAUCUUCUUUGCGCGAUCGAGAUCGAGAUACGCGUAAUAUGCAGGAGGAGAAAGAUCCCAAAGAUGCUUCACACGUUUCUGAUAAAUCAGAAAGUUCAUUUGUAUAUAAAAAAGGACAUUCAUUCCGAGGUGGAAAAACUUGGUUACAAUACUAUAAAGAAAAUUACGAAAAUGUGAAUUUUAAAUUAUUAGAAAAUGAUUUCAAAAAUUGGUUAAAAGGUUUAAAUCUAAGCCGAUUUUAUAGAUGUUUUGAUGGAAUGCAUUGGAGAGAAAUUAUAAAUUUAUCUUAUGAAGAAUUAGAAGAUUUAGGUGUAACUAGACAUGCUCCUAGAAAAAUUUUAACUCAAGCAUUUGAAAAUGUGAAAGUAGCUUUAAAAGAAAGAGAUGAAAGAGAACAAAGAGUCGAUGAUAAACAAAAAUACGUUACUGGCAUAGGCAACAACAUUAGAGAACUUAUGAUGGCAAACACAGGUUUUUUACAAGCACUAAGAAGACGGGAAAUUUAA